UGAAACAUUGCAUCUUACGCCACUCCCUCAACGGUCAAGGGCACGAUCGGUUGAUUGUGAAAGCUUGUGAGAUAAUCGACUUUACUUUCGAUCACCUUCCGCGAACCUCCUGUGCAAGAUGCAGAAAAUUGUUUUCUUCGGUGGAACCGGCAUGACCGGGCAAUGUGCCGUACGGUAUGCGCUUAAAAAAGGCCUCGCUGUGCGGCUACUCGUGCGUAACGAAGCUACGGUACCGGAGGAUUUCAAGGAAAAGGUUGAACUGGUCAAGGGUGAUGUAACGAGCGCGGAAGAUGUAAAGAAAGCGAUCGAAGGACAGGAGUUGGUCUGCGUCGUGCUGGGCACGCGCAGCGAUCUUAAGCCGAGCACGGUGAUGUCCGAAGGCCUAUCUAACGUACUGUCCGCAAUGAAGGACGCGUCACUGAAGAAACUUUCCGUGUGCCUGUCAGCGUUCCUGUUCAUGGAGCCCGAAAAGGUACCGGCGAUUUUUGUGAACAUCAACGGAGAGCAUAAGCGUAUGCUGGAGCUGGUUAAGGAGAGCGGUCUGGAGUAUCGUGCCGUGCUGCCUCCCCACAUCGCCGAUGAGCCACAAGCAAAAUUCGCCACGGACUACGACAAAUCGCCCGCCCAUUCGAGAUCGAUUUCAAAACUAGAUCUUGGCCAAUUCCUCGUAGAUUGCCUGUUUGACGAUGGACAUUCCCGGAAGGUUAUCGGCAUUUGUACGGUUAAGUAAAGUGCUGCGCUAUCACAAACCGUUCA